CGCCAUCUUUCUUUUUACUUGCUGUCUCCCGUGGCCACUAAUCUGUGUUUUUAGGGUUAAACAUUUUGCAAUGAGACUGAAACGAUUUCUCUUGCGAUAUUACCCUCCAGGUAUUAUCUUGGAAUAUGAACAACACGGUAAUAUAAAGAACAAGUCAAUAGAUUUAUUAGAUUUAAAACCUGAAACAGAUAUAGAUGCUGUCAUGGAUGAAAUAAUGAGCAAAGAACCACUGAUAACACCAUCUAGAUUAGAACAGGUCAGACAGCUAAUACAGAGGUUACAAGAAAAGCUUGCACAGAGUGAUGACCAUAAAUUUUAUUUAUUUAAGGUGCUACGUGCUCACAUAUUGCCAUUAACCAAUGUAGCUUUCAAUAAAUCUGGUUCUAUGUUUAUAACGGGCAGUUAUGAUAGAACAUGUAAAGUGUGGGAAACUGCAUCAGGAGAAGAACUACAUACAUUAGAAGGGCAUAGAAAUGUUGUAUAUGCUAUUGCAUUUAAUAAUCCAUAUGGUGACAAGAUAGCCACAGGAUCUUUUGAUAAAACUUGUAAACUUUGGAGUUCAGAAACUGGUAAAUGUUAUCACACAUUUCGAGGUCAUACAGCUGAAAUUGUAUGUAUAUCAUUUAAUCCACAAAGUACGUUAGUUGCUACUGGUAGUAUGGAUACUACAGCCAAAUUAUGGGAUGUUCAAACAGGAGCAGAAGUUAGCACGCUGUCUGGGCAUUCUGCAGAAAUCAUCUCAUUAUCAUUCAACACAACAGGAGAUCAGAUUAUUACGGGAUCAUUUGAUCAUACUGUCUCUGUAUGGGAUGUCAGGAGUGGAAAGAGAAUUCACACAUUAAUAGGACAUAGAGGUGAAAUAAGCAGUGCUCAAUUCAACUAUGACUGUUCAUUAAUUGCUACUGGUUCUAUGGACAAAACAUGUAAAAUAUGGGACAGUAGUGUUGGUCAGUGUGUAGGAACAUUGCGAGGUCAUGAUGAUGAGAUAUUAGAUGUUGUAUUUGAUUAUACAGGACAAUAUGUAGCUACUGCAUCAGCUGAUAGUAAGUAUGUCUCCCACAAACACAGCGUAAACAAAACAAGAACUACACAUGUUGAUUAUACAGGACAAUAUGUAGCUAAUCUUACCUUUAACCCACAGGGUACCAAGUUAUUAACAGCGAGUGCUGACAAAACUGCCAGAUUAUGGAAUCCAUUAACAGGAGAGUGUUUGCAAGUCUUGGAAGGCCACACAGAUGAAAUCUUUAGUUGUGCAUUUAAUUAUGAAGGAAAAACUAUUAUUACAGGUAGCAAAGAUAACACUUGUAGGAUAUGGCAGUAACCAGAUGCGCAAACAGACCACUGCAUGUCAACUAACAAUUUGAGAAGAGACCAAGAGACAUGUACAUGACUGAAUCAUUGUGACUUCACAACAGAUGGAAUCCUUGUAUUGAUUGGCAAUUGUCUUGUCUAUUUUUACUCAGAUAUUACAUAAUGAUGUGCUUGGUGUCUUUAGUUUUCUUGUAAACAAGUACUAUAAAAGCUAUGCAUACAUGUAAGUUAUAUCGUUUUAUUUCCAAAUCGUGUGUAUUUUGUGCUUGCACCAUUCUAAUUAUUUACAUGCAUAUUGUGGGGGUUUUUUUUGCUGAACUGCAAAUUGUUAGAAGAUGGUUCUACUUCUGUUAACAGACGAAUAAUUGGAUGUUCUGUGGGACAUCAUAGACAUGUGAUCAGAAUAGUUGAAAACUUAGAAUGACGACAUGUAUAUAUUUUGUGUAAUACUUCAUAAAGACCCAUUGUAAUGUUCUCAUCUUAUGAUUGCAAGUAUUAGUAAUAUAUUUAUUUUUAUUGUUCUUGUAUUUACUCUGCAUUUGAGUAAUUCAUUCUACAUGUACCACCCUUAUUUCUUAGAAACAAUUCUUAUGAUAAAAAGCAUCUAUUUUAAGAAAUAUUAUCUCUUAUUUCUGUUCAAUAAAAUCUUUGAAGGUACCAACUUUUUAUGCUAAAGAUGAUAACAGGCUUGACAUCUACAGCUGUGAUUUUCUUCAGAGAUUUCAUCUUGGUAUUUUGACUUUGGAUAGAACAUCUGUAAAUAUUCUAAUCGCAGGCUGGUAGUUGAAUACAAGUACUUACCGGUACUUCCCUGCUUUGACUGUAUGCUAAGGACCAAGCAUUCUCAGAUGGAUAUUGUUGAUAGAAGCACUAACUACAGUGGACGUUAUGAACAUGAAUGACUCUGAUAAAUUAAUGUUGCUGUGUAUAUGGAUACAUUGUAUAAGCCCCCUAUAAACUUAGUUGGUUACCUUUCUAUUGUCUAUUUUGUUUUCAAUAAUGCAGCUGUGCCUAAAAUUUUGUAAAUUGCAAAUAAAUAAAGUUGUUUUCAAAUUUUCUCAUGUCAAUGUUAGGGGCACUAUUGAAUGAUCUCGAGAAUGACUGUAAGAAAGACAGAGAAAUGUACUUUAUUGGUGAAAUCAUAACAUUUCUGACGAUUGUUUAGACAUAUGUAUUCCAUAUCAAAUUGAUUGAACAUGUUAACCUUGGAUAGCUAGUCAAAAUUGAACUUACCAUAAAAACUUAAUUUUGUUAAAUGUAUCCU